UAAAAUAAAGAUAAGGUCUUAUGUGGAUGAACUCUGUAGCUUUCUUUUCACAUAUUGUAAAAGCGUACCAGCAAAUUUAAACGUGUGUUAAAAUAUGAAACUUGUUUUUACUUUGGCGUUUCUAGUUUCAGCGGCAUUCUGUCAAGAUGCACAAUGGUACUGUGGUAUCCUAGGUAACGAGGACUGUAUGCAGCACAAUGUAGAAGAGAGGUGUGGCACUAAUGGUGUGACGUACAGAAACAUGUGUACUCUUGGAAAAGCUCACUGUGCGGAUACUUCAAUCAACCAAGCUGGCAUGGGAGCAUGUAAUGCAACCGCAACUAAAAGCCCGGCGGAAGUUCUCCAUGGAAGUCAGGUGAUUUUAGACUUCGAAUGCGUCAUGCUCAGCCACAAGUACUGUGUACCAAGUGCAACUGAAAAGGUUUGUGGAACUGACGCCCGAACAUACGCAAACUUUUGUGAAUACGAGAAAGCAAAAUGUACGCACAGAGAUCUUCAUGUUGCCAAGCUUGGAGAUUGUAAUGCUUAAGUCUAUUUAAGAUUUUGAAUUGUUAUUUACAAACAAAAAUAUCAAUGUCAUUAAAUUCAUGUGAAAAUAAACAUUACUGAAUUUGAACAAA